AACCGGAAACGUCAACAAAAUAAAUUGUUUGGGAAGUUUGAAAAUUUUAGUGCUUUCAAAUAAAAAUUAUUUAUCUUUGAGAAUGCAAGAAUCCAUACAAACAUAAAUCAAGCUAUUAUGGAAUAUGUUCAGAGAGAAGAAAACGAUCCGAUUCAAAUAAAUGCUGAUGUGCAACCUGAAGAUUCCACGGAAAACUUUCAAAAGUUUAUCUUUGAUUUGUUUGAAAAAAAUGGGAUUUUAAACGAUUUGCGUGCGUAUCUACGAGGCCAUAUCGUUGCGAUGCUAAAAAGUACGAAUAGUGGAGAGCCUACUCCAUGCCAAAAACAUUUCAUUCAACGCUUAGAGCCUACAUAUCAAGCAUUAAACAUUUUAAUCACAGAGUAUUUACUAAGACUGGAGUUCAACUAUACAUUGUCUGUAUUUAUUUCGGAGAUACCACUGGCUAACAUGCUGUUCGAGUUUGCAAAGACACUUAUAAAAACAGUCGACAUUACUGAUAUUAGCCAAGUAUUUUUCAGAGAUAAUGAUGUGUGGUCCAUAUUGAACUAUUUGGGUAUAAAGUGUGACUCGGAGCAUGCAUGCAAAAUUGUUGAAAUGUACACAUCAGAAGAGAAGCUGCCCUUGCUCUUGUGCAUUAUGAAGUGUGUGCCGAUGUACCACAAGGAGUCUGUGUGCUUGGAUAAUGCUACCUCCGAGGAUUAUAUAACAAGCGACAGGAGUACGGACACAAUGGAGGGUACUUGUAAAAAAGAAACGGAGAGGCGAUCACGCAAAUGUCGACACUAUACCGUUUGUAAGACGUGUCAGAGUCGUGAAAUUCGUCUGAAAGAGAGAUAUAGCAGGAAGAAGACGCGUUUUAUUGAAAGCACACAAAAACCUUCCAAUUCCGUGGACAUGGGAGCUUUCAUGAGAAAUGUUUCUGUUGUUGAAAAAGGAAUCAUAAAUGAGAUGUUCCAGCAAAUAAAAUCAGUAUACGAGAUGGAGGUGGAAAUGGUUAAGGCGGAAGAGGAAAAUAUAAUUAGAAAAUCGGCCGCGAACCACGCGAUGCAGUUAGAGAAACAAAGAGAAGAGUUGGAGGAAGCGUUUAAAGAACGUGAAAAGGAACUACAAAGGAACAUCGAGGAUAAAAAGAAGUUUCUUUGGGGUUUGGCGAAAUCGCUGAGACAGCAGCACGAGCACAUGACCAAGGCUAUGGAGGAUGUUAGGAGUGAAACGGAACGGCUCACGGUUAAGGAAAAUAAUUUAAAAGCACAAGUCGAAGAAGCCGAAGAGCUAUUGAGGAGACGCGGCGAAGAGAUGCGAGUGCAAAUAUCCAGCGAGUUGCAAAUCUUGGAGCAGCAUCUGCAAAGUAUGAAGCGCGAGCGAGAUAGCAUCAAUGUUGAACGGAUGGAAUUGGAGAAGCUGAGAAGUUUAAAAGAAGUUAAUAAUAAUAGAAUAGAAGAAUGUGAUGUGAAGAGGCAUUAUGAUAUUUUAAAAGAGGAAUUGCAAGAAUUAAAGAGGCAUAUAGAGACGGCCAGCAUUGGAGCCAAUGUUGGAACAAACGUUGGAUCAAACGUUGGUAGAAUGGUGGAAAAGGAAACGGCUACGGAUGGUUUUGUGAAUAAUUUGAUGAACAAUGGACAUGUGGUGAUGAAUAGAGAUAGAUCGGUGAAUGAUAAGGUGAACAAUGAUCUGAGUAAACGGAAAAAUGUCAAUUUUAAUAUGUCAAAUGAAGGCAUUUAUAAGAACAUGCAACGCAAUAGCAGAAGCACUAUUGCAAGUGACGGUUAUCAAAGUGACCGUGAAUUAUAUGACCGCGACGGAGGCUUUUGUGACCGCGACCGUGACUUUUAUGACUGUGAGCGCGUAUGUGACCACGACCGGAGUAAUUACGGAGUCCCGUAUUCAGAAGUGCUGCGAUUGAGGAAUGAAAACGAAAGACUCAGUAUAUUGGCUCGUCAGCAAAGUGAUCACAUCGCGUCGCUAUCAAGCGAGAGGUCGCGGCUCCAGUCCGAACUGUUGCUCACGCGACCGCAAACCGCACCCACUUUGAUGCAGCCGUUCACUGUCACCAGAUUGAACGCAAGCGCAUGUGACGCGGCGGCGGGCGCGGGGGGCGCGGCGGGGGGCGGGGAGCAGCCGCCCGCGGUGCUGAGGGACAGACAUGCGGACAGCCGCCGACACAUGUUGCAGCAGCUGCGCGCGCUGCGGCGACGAGUGGCGCCACGAGUGGCCGCCGGCUGCCGGCGCGUGGCCCGCGACGGCGCCGCCGCGCCAUGUGAUGAUGAAACCAGUGCGGUUUUCAAUGAAGAUGUCCCACUGCCUCCAGAAGAGAUGAAUGAAGAAAAAUUGACAGAUCCUGGAGAACCAUCGCAGCAACACGCAUUCGAACCCAGUAAACAGAGAGAGAAAAGUCCUAAAUCAAUGCUUCGAGAAGCGAAGGAAAAAUUACGAAACAACAGCAACAUAAAAGAGCCGACGCCAAUAGCUCGCGAGAAAAGCCCCAACACAACACUUAGAGAAGCUAAAUUGCGGCUCCGGAAGUUGGAAAUUGAAGCGGAAGCGGUGGAGAGAUCCUACCAGCACUUCCGCCGGAAACAGCUGGAUGAAGGGAGUGGAGGUGGGGGAAGUGUGGCAGGUGAUGCUAAGACGUUGGGUUUAAAGCGCAGUAAGUCGCUUCAGAAGCUUGAAAACUCAUACAAUAUUGAUGACCUGAAGGUUAAAUCUAAAGGACACAAAGAUUUAAUACAACAAAACUUCGAUAAAUAUCUAAAAGAAUAUCAAACUAAAUUUCACAUCCCGACGUUCAAGAACAAAAAUGCUAUGUCAGAAAUGAUCAAACCCAUUCCAGUAGCAUACUCGGAGGUGGAACAUAACAGAAAUCGAGCGAGCGUCGAUUUUUUGGAAACUCCUCUAUCAGAAUUUAGGAAGUUAUAUCAUUCAGAAAAGCAGAGGCGUACAGACAUAAAAACUGCAGCAUCUCCCAUACAUUUUCCAGAUAAAGAUGUUCCUAAUGAUAAAUCUGUAGAAGAAAAUAUCGUACGCGAUGAUAAGAAACAUACCGAGUUCAAAAUAUUACAAGAUAAUUUGAAUAAAAUGUAUAGUUUAGAUAGCCCAAAUAUGGUCAGUCCAGUAAUACCACCCGUGAGAAGUCCCAAGCCAAAGGGAGUGGUAGAUGAAAUGAUAGCAGAAAAUAAAGAAGAAACUGUCAAAGAAGUUACAGAAGAUGAUAAAAAUCUGCUACGUGUCAACAUUGAGAACGUUUGUGAAACUAAACACAUUCCUAUUGCCGCUGAAAAAGAUCAAACGCUAUUGGUGGUUGUGGAAAGUUCGAUAGAUACAAAAGAAAUAUCGGAUCCGGAAAUCAACGGACAAAAUGAGAUAUCCACUCAAAUGACGAUUAUAGUCAGCCCUAAAGACAAAACAGGGAAUAAAACAAUGAACUCGGACGUAGAAAAAAUAACUAAUAAUGAUGUUUUGGACGCAAUAUUUAAAGCGAACGAUAAAAAAGACGCCUCAAGCGUGGAUAUGAAGUUGGAACUAUCUAAAAUAGACUCUCCGGGUGAAAUAGGCAAUGAGGAAUAUCCUGAUGAUUUUUCCGCUGAUGUUGAUAACUAUAAUAGUCGUUCGGAUUGUGAGCAGAAUUCACCGAUAUCUUUGGCUAAGGACUCCGAUGAGAACUUUUGGGAAUCCUAAAUUUAUUUGUUAAUUUUGUUGAUGUUAAUAAUUGAAUUAUUUAUUUGUUCAUAUGUUAUGUCAUGUAUUUUUCUUUUCUCAUAAGAACCAUACAAAAGACAAUGACUCUUAACCUUUCUAAUAAUAUACGAUUCUGUUUAAAUUUCUUUCACAUCGCAUUGGUGCUAGUCGGUCUCUGGCGUUAAUUUGACGACUAUUCCUAAAAUUUUAUU